UCUAUAUUUCAUCCUCUGUCUUUCUCGCUCUCUCUUUUUUUCUCCCUCUAUUCCUCCUGGUUGGGUGCUGAAGUUGGGGCGGAUGGCAGCAACACAUCUCGGCUAGAGAGCAUCGCAGCCUCUCCCGGACAGCUCCUUUCCAGGCAGCAGCUGCGGCAGCCCCCUGUGCAAAGCGAGUGAAAUGCAGGGAACGCCCCUUGGAGAAGUAAACAAAAGCUGCGUUUUGAAAAUUUCACUAAGGAUCUCUCAGUGCUGGAGGAACAUUUUAGAAUAUCUCACCUGAGCUACGAGGUUUUGAAUAUCAGGCCCUAAGUCUCAAGAAAUGCAGGGAACGCCCCUUGGAGAAGUAAACAAAAGCUACGUUUUGAAAAUUUCACUAAGGAUCUCGCAGUGCUGGAGGAACAUUUUAGAAUAUCUUACCUGAGCUACGAGGUUUUGAAUAUCAGGCCCUAAGUCUCAAGCUACUGAGGAAAUUGUUGAAAUGAGAAAAAGGCAACAGUCACAAAAUGAAGAAACCUCCACUGUGUCUCAAGCUCCCGAGAACCAAAGGCCGAACACCUGUUGUUUUUGCUGGUGCUGUUGUUGCAGCUGCUCAUGCCUCACUGUUAGGAAUGAAGAGAGAGGAGAACAUGGAAGACCAACACACACAACAAAAUUGGAGAAUAUACAGGUUGUAGAAGAAUGCCAAGAACCCACUACAGACGAAAUUCUGUCUUGGUCUCACAACUUUGACAAGAUGAUGAAAAGUCCUGCAGGAAGAAAUCUAUUCCGAGAAUUCUUACGCACAGAAUAUAGUGAAGAAAAUCUUCUUUUCUGGCUAGCAUGUGAAGAAUUAAAGAAUGAACAAAACAAGAAACUAGUUGAAGAAAUGGCAAGAAAUAUAUAUGAAGAUUACAUCUCUAUACUUUCACCAAAAGAGGUCAGUCUUGACUCCAGAGUGCGAGAGGUAAUCAAUAGGAAUUUGCUGGAUCCAACUCCGCAUAUGUAUGAAGAUGCGCAACUUCAAAUAUACACCUUGAUGCACAGAGACUCUUUUCCAAGGUUUUUGAACUCACAAGUUUACAAGUGUCUUCUGGAAAGUACAGAAGCCUUAACUACUGAAUCUUAGUUCAAAAAUUUUGAAUAGCAUAUCCUUUUUUUCCUUUUGUUAACAGAACAAAUACAUAGUUUAAUAACAUAAGACACUGAGUUCCUGGAGAACUUCAGUCCUGCACUACUCAGGCUACUGUGAAGAAUAAUAAAAAUCUUCUGGUCUCUGUCUCCAUA